GGGCGGAACUAAAGUUGCACAUCGACAAUAGAGACGAGCGGUUAUCAGAGAGACACAAAACGGUAAUCGGUAGGAGCAGGGAUAUAUUUAGUAGCCUUGCUUGGUCAGUUAUAAUGGCAGAGGGCGGGACAGCAGGCGUUGAUCUCAGCAGGAAGUUUGUGUCAGAAACUGAGCUUGACGAGAAGAGAAAGAAGAGACAGGAGGAAUGGGAGAAAGUCCGGAAACCCGAGGACCCUGAAGAGGCCCCAGAGGAGAAAUAUGACCCGCGCUCCCUCUUUGAACGACUGCAGGAGCAGAAAGACAAGAAACAAGAAGACUACGAGGAGCAGUUCAAAUUCAGGAACAUGGUGAGAGGCUUGGACGAGGAUGAGUCCAGCUUCCUGGACGAGGUCUCCCGGCAACAGUGCUUGGUGGAGAAGCAACGCAGAGAUGAAGAGAAGCAGGAACUGUUAGAGUACAGAAGCGCCGUAGUGAAGCAAGCAGCCACUGAAAGCCGCAAAGAGCCAGAGAAGAAAGCGGCACCGAAACAGUCGGUGGCAGAGCAGAGGACCAGCCUCCUGUCUCAGGCUCAUUUAUUAGCUGGAGCUGUCAAGAGACGCAACUCGUCCCAGUCAUCAGACAGCAGUAAGAAACAGAAGGUGGAAAUCAAAACAACAAAGACAACAACAGGCAAUGGAAACAGACACAAAGAACAGGAGGGUGGAGCAGGGAGGGCUGAAAGUAAACAGACAGUCUCCGGCCUGACAGCGAAGACACCCUCAGCUCCGGCCGACUCUGGUCAAGGCACGCUACACCUGCCAUCAGCAGCUGUGUGCGUCGGCGUUUUACCAGGACUCUGGAUGUACUCUGGCAGCAGCGACUCCGACAGCAGCUCAGACAGUGAAGGUAGCGUGGACACAAUCAUGUUGCCGUACCCCCGGCACAGCAGAGCCUACAGAUAAACACACAACUGCGCACACACACACACACACACACACACACACACACACACACACACACACACACACACACACACACACACACACACACACACUCUCUCUCUCUCUCUCUCUGUUGGAACUAAAGGUUCACAAACACAUUGACAAUGUGUUCCUGCAAGUUAGUCAUACACUGGCACCACACAUACCUUGUAUUCCUGGUGUUUUCACAGCUGUGAGUUGAACUGUUGCUCUUUGUCAUCAGACAGACAUCGCUCCCUAAAUAUAAUCCUUCAAAUGUUUCCACUGUAGGACCUUUUGAAACUCUAUUCUCAACUUAAUCUGUGUAUCUUUUUGUUUUUUUUGCAAUUGUGGCACUCAACCCUUCCUUCCCUCAAUCAAAUCUCAUGCAGUUUAAGACGAGCAGCACAAUCCCGCACUGCCAAUCCUGAUGACCACCCCCCCCCCCCCCCACACCCCCCCUCCCAACCCAAGCCACAGUGACUGCGAGCUGUGUUGUUGGCUGAGGGAACAGUGAUUGACAGCUGUGGAGCAUGGAAAAGAGACUGAUAUAGAGUGUGUCAUAUGACUCACCUUUUAGCUGUGAGUAGCAGAGGAGAGGAGAGGGGGCUGGGGCUGGACACGCCUCUGUCUAGUUUUGGGUAAAAGUCAAAGUUCUUCUUGUUUGUAAAAAGUAGAUUUUAUUCGUGUGAUGUAAUGUAUUCUCUCAUCAGUAAUUUAUCUCAAAGUUACAUCAUGCUGGGAAGAUGCCCGACUCUUUGCUUCCAGUCAGGUGUCAAAGUUUUGUUUUGAUGUUUCUGAGCGGAGAAUAAUAAAGAGGUUUGCCUUGUA